CGCAAUCAUUUUCUGCUUAGUAUGCGAGGACUCGUGAUUGAUUGUGAAGUGCGCAAUAAGAAGCGAGCACAAUAAAACGAGCAUGGUAUCGUCCAAUCUUAGUAUAGAAACAAGGCGGGAUUAAGGGUUUCUAGGCAAGUAUCAAUCUAGUUUAACAUGGUGUCACAGAGGCUGUUUAUGUUUACUAAAAGAGCACAUUCGGUAGAACGGAUUUUAGGACACAGCAGUUUUUAUGUCAUUUCACUUUUUUAUUUAUUAAACUUUUUUAUGAUUUACAAGGUCAGUAGCAUGUAAAUCUCAUUUUUCACUAAUGUGCCAGUUUUACAAAUGGAAAGGAGGCUUCACUUUGGAGUGAGCAUUUCCUUGGUGCUCCUGCUGUUGCUGAAAGCGCUCACGGGUUUCGGGACUUCACAAACUCAGGGUUCCGCUGUCGGACUGAAAACGCAGUCCGCCGUCCGGGGCUCGCUGGCCGCCUCGGAGGAAGAUGGUGCAGGGGUCAUGGAGCGCGGCUUGGAGAACGUAGGCACCCCGGUCACGGGAGCCGACGUUACCGUGGAGGACGACGAUAAUGGGUCGGCAGGUGAAUGCGACGAACCAUACCGAGAAAGUAACGAAAAAGGCCGAACUACAAGGUCUCUUGUGAUCAUCAGUACCCUGGACGGGCGGAUCUCGGCUCUGGAUCCUCACAACCAGGGCAGGAAGCAGUGGGACCUAGAUGUUGGCUCAGGGUGCUUGGUGUCCUCCAGCCUUAGCAAACCUGAGAUGUUUGGCAGCAAGAUGGUCAUACCUUCACUGGAUGGUGCCUUGUUUCAGUGGAACCGGGACCGGGAUAGUAUGGAGGCAGUGCCUUUCAGUGUUGAAUCCCUGCUGGAGUCAUCCUACCGUAUCGGAGAGGACACAGUUCUGGUUGGGGGCAAAUCCCUCACUACUUAUGGCCUGGGGGCAUACAGUGGCAAGAUUCGGUACAUCUGCUCUGCGGGGGGCUGCAGUCAUUGGGAGAAUGAGGAGAUGGAGGCUGAAGAUGUGCUUCUGCUGCAGAGGACUCAGAAGACUGUUCGAGCCAUCAGGCCUCGGUCAGGAAUGGAGAAGUGGAACUUCAGUGUUGGGAACUAUGAGUUAAAGUUCAUCUCAGAGAAGCAGUCUGGACUGAACUUCCUGGAGGGAGAAAUGGCAAACGGUGAUGCCUGGAAGGAAAGCCAGAAAGUCAUCGCUGAUGAACCAAAGGAAAGAGAACAAGCAGACAGCAAGCAGAACCAGAAUCAACAUUUGGACCUCGUCAUCAAAGUGUCUGUUCCUGAUUGGAAGGUGGUGGCCUUCAGUCCCGACCCAAACGGCCAGCUGGUCUGGGAGCAUCAGUUUUGCACACCUAUCGCUUCUGCCUGGCUGGUGGGCGGUGGGAAAGUCACGCCGAUCAGCCUGUUUGAUGAYACUGCCUACAACAACCAGCCUGAAGCCGACGAGGAGAAAGAUGAUGAUCCCGGGAAAGCCCGGAGCGCUGCAGAAUCCAGUGUCUACCUCGGAAUGUUCCAGGGGCAGCUCUACCUCCAGUCAUCAGUGAGAUUCACUGAAAAAUUCCCYUCCAAAGCCAUUGGAUCGCGGAAAGAUAUAAUUUUUCUACCCACCGUCAAAUGGAAGCCUUUGAUACAUUCCCCAUCUCGAACUCCGGCUCUGGUUGGCUCUGAUGAAUUUGACAAGUGUCUGAGCAAUGACAAGUUCUCCCAUGAUGAGUACAGCAACGGUGCUCUGUCCAUUCUUCAGUAUCCAUACGACAAUGGCUACUACUUCCCCUACAGCAAGCAUUACCGUGAGAAACGCGAUAAUGCUAUCAGUUUAAUAAAAGGAAACGAAGCACGCACAGACGGUCACAGGAGAAAGGAUCCCGUGCUGCUGCUGCCGUGGUGGAAGGAGAUCCUCAGCACCAUCGUUUUCUGCAUUGCUGCCACCACCUACAUCGUGCGCAAGUUUUUUCACCCUCCUGCACCUGUGACCUACGUGAGGCAACGUAAAGAGUCGGAGACACAGUGCCAGACGGACUGCAAGUUUGACCUGGAAGUUGUGAAAUCCAAAGAGCCUGAUGCCAUGGAGAGCCGCUACAAUGAAUAUGUGUCCAGAUACCUGACAGACUUUGAGCCUGUGCAGUGCCUUGGCCGAGGGGGGUUUGGUGUUGUGUUUGAAGCCCGCAAUAAGGUGGACGACUGCAACUAUGCCAUUAAAAGAAUCCGUCUGCCCAACAGGGAGCAGGCUCGUGAGAAGGUCAUGCGGGAGGUGAAGGCCCUGGCGAAGCUGGAGCACCCUGGGAUCAUUCGAUACUUCAACGCCUGGCAGGAGAGCCCCCCUGAGGGCUGGCAGGAGGAAAUGGACCAGAGGUGGCUGAAAGAUGCCAGCACCACCGACUGGCCUUUAAGCUUUCUUGAUCACAUGGAUGUAUUGUCCGUCAAAGUGCCGGUGUCCAGCUCUGUGUCCCCUCCCUCUGGACCUGCUCGAGACAUUCUGGAGACAUCUGGAGACACACGGAUCCUCCUGUCUAACAGCACUGUGGGCUUCGGUGUGAGCGACACGGACACAUCGUUCCAGCCUCUGCUGGGCCACGACAGCCUGAUGUCUGAGAGGGACAGCCAGGCUGAUCCAGACGCUUCGGACACGCCCCCCCACUCCUUCGAAAUCUGCCCCCUGCGCGGGCCCAGCGACUGCACCUCCUCCUCCUUCGACAUCGUGUUCGAGGACUCUGGUUGUGAUCGAGAUGCCGACGCCGACACAGCCUCUGAGGGCAGCGCAGCCGGUCCCACCACGCUAACGGAGAAGAACAGUCUGUCCUCCUCACCUGUCAGACGACAGGAACCCGUCGCACCAUCCUCCUCCAUGAAUCCUGGACCAACCUCAUUUACUCUGGCUAUUCCAACAACUCCUCCAACCGUCCGCGUCCAGCCUUUCCCUAAGGUGUACCUGUAUAUCCAGAUGCAGCUGUGCCGAAAGGAAAACCUGAAGGACUGGAUGGGUCAGCGCUGCUUAAGAGAGCAGAGAGAGCUCAGCCAGUGUCUCGACAUCUUCCUGCAGAUCGCAGAGGCUGUCGACUUCCUGCACAGCAAGGGUCUCAUGCACAGGGACCUGAAGCCGUCCAACAUCUUCUUCACCAUGGACGACGUGGUGAAAGUGGGGGACUUUGGUCUGGUAACGGCUAUGGACCAAGAGGAGGAUGAAGAUGAUCAAAGCACUCUGACACCUGACCCACUCCUCACCCGGCACACAGGCCAGGUGGGCACCAAGCUCUACAUGAGCCCAGAGCAGCUUUCUGGGAACUCGUACUCUCAUAAAGUGGACAUUUACUCUUUGGGUUUAAUCCUGUUCGAGCUGCUUUAUCCCUUCAGGACUCAGAUGGAGAGAGUGAGGACACUCACGGAGGUGAGAGAGCUGCGCUUCCCUGAGGUUUUUUCCAAAAACAACGCUGAAGAGCUAAACAUGGUCCGCAGCAUGCUGUCGCUGAGCCCCAGCGAGCGACCCGAGGCAGCAGACAUCACAGGACUGGCCCUCUUCGAGAACCUAGAGCUGCCCUGCCGCAUCGCUGUAAGGCAGCGUUCUCGCACGUACAGCUCCUCCUCGAUGGGCCGGCCCGCGCGCCAGACGUCGGCCAGCUGAGAAACAAAAAACACAAAACGUGCGUGUGUCGCAAGGCUCUCCUGGUUUGGGGUUGCCCAACGCAUUCUGGCUCUGCACCAAGAAAAACGGCUAACCAAGCACCGCGACUCAGCAAUCCCAUUAUUAACACAACAACUUGCACAGAUAAAACUCGUCAUGAAUUAUUUUACUGACCAAUUUUUAUACCGAGUGACGAAAGUGGCAGUCACUAAUGUUUUGUACCAGACUUGGCUUGAAUUGUAUACUUCAGUUACCUACUUGUCUGUGGACAUUUCAUGUUUCUCCAAGCAACAGUUUGAAAUCUGAUUUGAUUCUGAUCACAAUGUGAUGCUUGGUCCUAAGAUUCAGGCGCUCGGUCAACCCAGGAGGACACUCCGAAGGGGCCGUUGAUGCUUGAUUAACCAGUGACUUAUACUGGAUAUUAUGAGCACUAACUGUUGUUUCGACACUCAAUAUGCCGGACUUGGUGAACCAAAAAAAGUAGGCCAUCAUUUUGUAGUGCUUUGAAAUUACUUUGAUUCCCAUCCAUCAGAUGAGACUUGCCUUUAGAAACGGGCCAUUAGCCCGACCCCAGUGAAUGCAAACCCUUUUGACUUGUUUUUUUCUUCUCUUUUUCUGCAUGUACAUAUUGAAAAUGAAGGGGUGAAUGUGUUUAGUUUUUUUCUCUGUAAAGCCGUUAAUUGGAUGCAGUUUUUCCGCAGUGUAAAUUUACCAAAUGACUCUGAGGUGCUUUAACAUUUUCUAGCUCCGCCUCUUUACUGAAGUGAGGGACAAACCUUGUUUAUAUUCUUCACUUUGUUAAUUUAGACAACGAUUUGGACUUGUACAUACUUGUAAGGCACCAUUGCUUGUAAAAGCUUCUUUUUCAAAAUGAAACUGUAAGAUAGUGUGAGAUACUGUGAGAGACGGAGGUGAUUUUUUUUUUCUAAUAACAGAUAGUUGAAUGUUACAGUGUGACCCACGGAGUCAGAUGAUGGUGGUCAUACCUCUUUUUUGAAAUUCUUCUCAGUGUUUACUUUCACACGUUUGAGGAACAAAGAUGAGAGCUUUGCCCUGCUUUGAAAACCAGAGGGGGAGUUUGCAGGAACCAGUGUGCCAUUUGAAAGACAGCUAAGUGUACUUUUCUGUAACCAAUAAUCCAUUUUGGAUUUUUGUCUCCAUACUGUCCUGAUGGUGUUCCCAGGAAACAUACACACAAAUUCUAAGGUCUGCAGCUCUUCCAUGUUACUAGGAAAUAGCAUUUAGAUGAAGUCAGUACUGUGUCAUACCCUCUACACUGUGUACAGGGAAYCUGGACCUGGUGAUGGUUUUGUGAGCCGCACAACCAUUGUUUUAUGUGCACUUGAUGUGCUGGGAGAGUCAUGUGACCCAAUAGGAACUACACACACAAACUGUUAAUUAUAAUUGUGUUUUCUAUGAUUGUACUUUUCUAAACUACUUCUCUUUUUUAAAGCACUUUUUUUAAUUCUGCUGUUUAUUUUUAUUUUUAUGUAACCUUAGUCUUCACUGUGUCCGACGCAGGAAGUCAAAUUGAUGUUUGUUCCUCCCACUCGCUCAGCCCACAGAGAAUGAGUCAUCUUUGUAAAAUUAUCAGUUCUCACCUUGCAUAUUUAAGCAAACUGUACUCCCACCAAGGUAAAAACGGAAACUGGAGGUCUUGAGUAAUCCUCAUCAUGGUGUGAAAGUGUCUGCUGUAAAUCUGAAAAUAAUUUUCUUUAAGAAUUGUA